CUGUCUUUCUUACUCUUUUCUUUCCUUUCCCCUCUCCCUCUCCUUCUUCUUACACUUCCAUCACACUCGGAGCCAGACGCUGGGACAUCAAAGAGACUCUCUUCGAUUGCCCCAUUCCUUGCCCGCGUCCGUGACUCCGGUCCCAUCUGUGACGACAUAGACCUUCUUAUCUACCACCCCCGCGCCCCGACUUGCUCCGCGGCGACCCCCCCUCCCAACAGCAACCACCACUCCCCCUAGUUUUGCCAUUCCAUUCUCUGUCGGCCAUCGGCGGAAGAAUGGGUCUGAACUUGGAGGAAAUCUAUGGCCAAUCUAUAGUGGAAGAGCAGAAACCGAAUGAGUAUUCGGAGUACCAGCCAAAGAAGGGAUAUGGCUGGGCCAACACUCUGCCCGAGAGGCAGGGUCUCUAUGACCCCGAGUACGAGAAGGAUGCUUGUGGUGUAGGCUUCGCUGCCCAUAUCAAGGGAAAGCCUAGCCACAAAAUUGUCAGUGAUGCUCGCAACUUGCUCUGUAACAUGACGCACCGUGGUGCCGUUGGCUCAGAUGCACGCGACGGCGAUGGUGCUGGAUUGAUGACCAGUAUCCCCCACAAGUUUUUCAUCAAGAACUUUGCCCGUGAGGUUGGAGUUGACCUCCCUCCUCUUGGCCAGUAUGCGGUCGGCAACCUGUUCUUCAAGCCUGACGAAGUAUCCCUGAAAGAGUCUAUUGCCUCCUUUGAGGAAAUUGCUACAUCUUUGGGGCUACGGGUGCUGGGUUGGCGUGAUGUUCCUCGCGAUUCGACCAUUCUGGGUCCUGCUGCUCUGUCGCGAGAGCCGAUUAUUAUGCAGCCUUUUGUGGUGUUGAAGUCGGCCUAUGGUGAAGGAAACAAGCCAGAAAUUACCGACCCAGAGUCGUUCGACGAGAAGACCUUCGAGCGUCAACUGUAUGUUCUGCGAAAGCGGGCUACCCACGUCAUUGGCCUUGCCAACUGGUUCUACCUUUGCUCCCUGAGCAACCGGAACAUUGUUUACAAGGGUCAACUGGCCCCUGUUCAGGUAUACCAGUACUACCACGACUUGGUCAAUGUUGACUACGAAGGUCACUUUGCUCUUGUUCACUCUCGUUUCUCCACCAACACAUUCCCCUCUUGGGACCGUGCGCAGCCUCUGCGCUGGGCCGCCCACAACGGUGAAAUCAACACCCUUCGCGGCAACAAAAACUGGAUGCGGGCUAGAGAAGGUGUGUUGAAGUCGGACAUCUUCGGAGACGAGCUCGACUCACUGUACCCCAUUGUUGAGGAUGGUGGUUCCGACUCUGCUGCUUUUGAUAACGUCCUUGAACUGUUGAUGAUCAAUGGUGUGCUCUCUCUGCCCGAGGCGGUCAUGCUUAUGAUCCCCGAAGCAUGGCAAGACAACCCAGCCAUGGAUCCGUCCAAGGCGGCUUUCUACGAAUGGGCAGCUUGUCAGAUGGAGCCAUGGGAUGGUCCGGCUCUCUUCACCUUUUCCGACGGUCGUUACUGUGGUGCUAACCUCGACCGUAACGGAUUGCGUCCUUGUCGUUUCUAUGUGACGGAUGAUGACCGCAUUAUCUGUGCGUCUGAGGUCGGUGCAGUGGACAUCGAUCCUGAGCGCGUGGUUCAGAAAGGUCGCCUGCAGCCUGGAAAGAUGCUCCUGGUUGACACCGUGGCCGGCCGAAUCAUCGAUGACUCUGAGCUCAAGUACACUGUUUCUCACAGACAUGACUUCGCUUCAUGGCUGGACAAGGAGCUUCUGAAGCUGCCUGCCAUCAAGGAGAGGCUGGAUGCGCAGAAUGUGGAUCUUAGCUACACCUUGGACGAGUCAACCAUCCAAAACGAUCCUCGGUUGAAGUCUUUCGGCUAUUCCUUCGAGCAAGUUAGUCUGCUCCUGGGUCCGAUGGCUGCUGACUCCAAGGAGGCCCUUGGCUCCAUGGGUAACGACGCCCCGUUGGCUUGCAUUGCUAAGCAGCCUCGCCUGCUCUACGAAUACUUCCGCCAACUUUUUGCCCAAGUCACCAACCCUCCCAUUGAUCCCAUUCGAGAGGCGGUUGUCAUGUCUUUGGAAUGCUAUGUUGGCCCGCAAGGCAACCUCUUGGAGAUGGAGCAGUCCCAAUGCCACCGUCUGUUGCUUCCCUCUCCCAUCCUGAGCAUUCCCGAGUUUAAUGCGCUGAAGAACAUCAACCAAGCCCACAAGGAUUGGACUGUGAAGACCAUUGAUAUCACUUUCGAGAAGAGCAAGGGUGUGCCAGGAUACCUUGAGGCCCUCGAUGCCAUCUGCGAUGCUACGACUGAGGCCAUCCAGAAUGGUGAUAAGAUGCUGGUGCUCUCGGACCGCGCCACAAGUGCGGACAGGGUUCCUGUAUCUGCCCUCUUGGCGACUGGUCUUGUCCAUCACCAUCUGGUCCGCAACAAAUGGAGAUCCCUUGCUGCGGUGGUUGUGGAAACUGCCGAGGCUCGUGAAGUGCAUCACAUGUGUGUCCUUGUUGGUUAUGGAGCUGAUGCCAUUAAUCCUUACCUCGCGAUGGAGUGUAUCCUGAAGAUGAACCGGGAGAAGCUGAUCCGUAAGCAGCUCCCUGAUGAGAAGGUCAUCGAGAACUACAAGGCCUCCUGUGAUGGUGGUAUCCUAAAGGUUAUGAGCAAAAUGGGUAUCUCUACCCUUCAGUCGUACAAGGGUGCUCAAAUCUUCGAGGCCCUUGGUAUUGAUGACAGUGUCAUUGACCGCUGCUUUUCGGGUACCGCAAGCCGCAUUCGUGGCCUGACGUUCGAACUCAUUGCCCAGGAUGCUUUUGCUUUCCACGAACGUGGAUACCCUUCUCGUGAGAUCAUCGACAUCCCUGGUCUCCCCGAAUCCGGCGAGUACCACUGGCGUGAUGGAGGUGAAGAGCAUAUCAACGACCCUGUCAGCAUUGCAAACAUGCAGGAUGCUGUACGCACAAAGAAUGACAAGUCGUACGAAGCAUACGCCAAGGCCGAGCAUGAGCAGAUCAAGAACUGUACCCUUCGUGGUAUGCUCGACUUCGACUUCGAGCAGCGGACACCCAUUCCUAUUGACCAGGUUGAGCCAUGGACUGAAAUUGUUCGUCGGUUUGUUACUGGUGCUAUGUCUUACGGAUCUAUCUCCAUGGAGUCUCACUCUACUCUCGCCAUUGCUAUGAAUCGCCUUGGUGGAAAAUCAAACACGGGUGAAGGUGGUGAGGAUGCUGAGCGGAGCAAGAGAUUUGAGAAUGGCGACACGAUGCGAUCUGCGAUCAAGCAGAUUGCUUCCGGCCGAUUUGGUGUGACUUCGCACUACUUGGCCGAUGCUGAUGAACUGCAGAUCAAAAUGGCCCAGGGAGCUAAGCCCGGAGAGGGUGGUGAGCUUCCUGGCCACAAGGUCGUUGGACCCAUCGCUCACACUCGUUACUCUACUCCUGGUGUCGGUCUGAUCUCGCCUCCUCCUCACCACGAUAUUUACUCGAUUGAGGAUCUGAAGCAGCUCAUCUACGAUCUCAAGUGUUCCAACCCUCGUGCCCGUGUUUCUGUCAAGCUUGUGUCGGAGGUUGGUGUUGGUAUCGUCGCAUCCGGUGUGGCCAAGGCGAAGGCCGAUCACAUCUUGAUCUCCGGUCACGAUGGUGGUACUGGUGCCUCCCGUUGGACCGGUAUCAAGUACGCUGGUCUCCCUUGGGAACUGGGUCUCGCAGAGACUCACCAGACUCUUGUACUGAACGAUCUGCGUGGACGUGUUGUUGUUCAGACUGAUGGUCAGCUCCGUACCGGCCGCGAUCUUGCUGUUGCCUGUCUGCUCGGAGCAGAGGAGUUUGGGUUUGCCACGACUCCCUUGAUCGCUAUGGGCUGUAUCAUGAUGCGCAAGUGUCACUUGAAUACCUGCCCUGUUGGUAUCGCAACCCAGGACCCGGCGCUUCGGGCCAAAUUCCAGGGAACGCCCGAGCAUGUGAUCAACUUCUUCUACUAUCUCGCCAAUGAGAUGCGUGCCAUCAUGGCCAAGCUGGGCAUCCGCACCGUGAACGAGAUGAUUGGACGCGCUGAGCUGCUCAAGGUCAGGGAGGACACCCUGACUGCCAAGCAGGAAAAGAUUGAUCUCUCACUCAUUCUUACUCCCGCUCACUCUCUGCGCCCUGGCGUUGCUACAUACAACGUCCGCAAACAGGACCAUCGCCUGCACACUCGUCUCGACAACAAGCUGAUCGCCGAAUCCGAGCUGGCGUUGGAGAAGGGUCUGCCUUGCCGGAUUGAGUGUGAUAUUGUUAACACCGAUCGUGCUAUGGGUGCCACCCUGUCUUACCAGGUCAGUCGCCGUUAUGGUGGUGAGGGUCUUCCCCAAGACACCAUCCACGCCAACAUCAAGGGAUCUGCUGGGCAGUCAUUCGGCGCCUACCUUGCCCCGGGUAUUACUCUUGAGCUCGAGGGUGAUGCCAACGACUAUAUCGGUAAGGGUCUUUCUGGAGGUCGUCUCAUCAUCUACCCUCCCCGUGGCGCUGCAUUCAAGGCCGAGGAGAACGUGAUUGUCGGCAACACCUGUCUUUACGGUGCCACUCGCGGUACUUGCUUCUUCCGCGGUAUGGCUGCUGAGCGGUUCGCUGUUCGUAACUCCGGUGCUACUGCUGUCGUGGAGGGCGUUGGUGACCACGGUUGUGAAUACAUGACCGGUGGCCGCGUUCUUGUUCUUGGUUCGACCGGCCGUAAUUUUGCCGCUGGUAUGUCUGGUGGUAUCGCCUAUAUCUUGGACAAGAACCAGGACUUUCACUCCAAGGUCAACAUGGAGAUGGUUGAGGUCUCUGGCCUGGAAGACCCCGCUGAGAUUGCCUUUGUCCGUGGCUUGAUCGAGGACCACCACCACUACACCGGAUCGGAGCUGGCUGCUCGUAUCUUGCUGGACUUCACUCGUGCCCUUCCUCACUUUGUCAAGGUGUUGCCCACGGAUUACAAGCGCAUCCUGGCGGAGGAAGCCGCCAAGGCUGAAGCCGCCAAGAAGGCCGAAUUCUCUCUUCCCCAGCUCCCCAGCACCCCAGUUCCCUCGGAGAAGGCCAAGGCCCAUGCUGAUGGGGACAAGAAGGCUGAGAUGCUUGAUAUCGAGGACAGCAUCAGUGACUCGAAAACCGAAAAGAAGCGUUCGGCCCUCAUUCUGGACAAGACCCGGGGUUUCAUGAAAUACAGCCGGCGCAGUGAGAAAUACCGUAACCCGGCCACUCGCACUCGUGACUGGGCUGAGCUUUCCAACCGCCUCAGUGAGGACGAACUCAAGUACCAGUCCGCUCGCUGCAUGGACUGCGGUGUUCCUUUCUGCCAAUCCGAUACCGGUUGCCCGAUCUCCAACAUCAUUCCCAAGUGGAACGAGUUGGUGUUCCAAAACCAGUGGCAGGAUGCCCUCAACCGUCUUCUCAUGACCAACAACUUCCCCGAGUUUACUGGCCGUGUCUGCCCUGCCCCCUGUGAAGGUGCCUGUGUCCUUGGCAUCAACGAGGACCCCGUUGGUAUCAAGUCUAUCGAAUGUGCCAUCAUUGACCGCGGCUUUGAGAUGGGUUGGAUGGUUCCUCGCCCCCCCAAGACUCGCACCGGUAAGACCAUUGCCAUUAUCGGGUCUGGCCCUGCUGGUCUCGCCGCUGCCGAUCAGCUCAACCGUGCCGGACACACCGUUACCGUCUACGAGCGUGCCGACCGUAUGGGUGGCCUUCUCAUGUAUGGUAUCCCCAACAUGAAGCUUGACAAGAAGGUCGUGCAGCGUCGUAUUGACCUGAUGGCUGCCGAGGGCAUCCAAUUCGUACCUAGCACACCUGUUGGACCCGACGAGGAAGUCUCCAUGGAGUCUCUUCGCAAGACCAACGAUGCUGUUAUCAUUGCAACUGGUGCAACUGUUGCCCGUGAUCUCAAGGUAACUGGGCGUGAGCUCGAAGGCGUUCACUUCGCUAUGCAAUUCUUGCACCGCAACACCAAGUCGCUCCUGGACUCCAACCUUGCCGAUGGCGCGUACAUCUCCGCCAAGGGCAAGCACGUUGUCGUCAUCGGUGGUGGUGAUACUGGUAAUGACUGCAUCGGUACCUCUGUUCGCCACGGUGCCAAAUCCGUCACCAACUUCGAGUUGCUGCCUCAGCCUCCACCGGAGCGUGCCCGUGACAACCCGUGGCCCCAGUGGCCCCGCAUCUACCGCGUCGACUACGGUCACUCCGAGGUCAAGACCCACAUGGGCAAGGACCCUCGCGAGUACUGUGUCAUGUCUAAGGAAUUCGUUGACGACGGAAGUGGCCGCGUCAAGGGUAUUAACACUGUCCGUGUCGAGUGGACCAAGAGCGCUUCCGGCGGCUGGGACAUGAAGACCGUGGAGGGUAGCGAGCAGUUCUUCCCCGCGGACCUUGUCCUUCUCUCCAUGGGAUUCCUCGGCCCCGAGGACCGUCUUCUGGGAGAGGAAAUCGAGCGUGACGCUCGUAAGAACGUCAAGACCCCUCCGGGCCAGUACUCCACCAACGUCUCGGGCGUCUUCGCUGCGGGUGAUUGCCGUCGUGGCCAGUCCCUCAUUGUCUGGGGUAUCAACGAAGGCCGCCAGUGUGCUCGGGAAGUCGAUUCCUUCCUGAUGGGCACCAGCUCUCAGCUCCCCGUCACUGGUGGCAUUGUUCGCCGGUCAGCCAUUGAUGCCGUUCCCCAGACUGCCCAGCAGACCGUUUCGGCCUAGAGUCCUGCGGGGUUCAGGUCGUCCCCGCUGGACCGGUUCCAGCGCUAAUGGGUUCGCGCCCUGUCAUGAUGACAAUGAAUCUAUGAGUUCCUAUGUCGAAAAGAGAAAAAUGUUCAUCGACCGGGUAAAUGUUGGGUGUCUUUGUAUCUAACGGGGCAAUUGUCUUUGUGAUCAUGUCUGCGUUACCUCGCAGGCUUUCCCUUGUCACUCGAUGGGGGUUUGUUGACGGUUAUUCUUCCGUCAUUUCCUUUCUUCUUUCUUUCUUUCUUUUUGGUUCUCUGCUUCCCGAGGGUGACUUUGUGACGUGCUGCAGCGUUCUGUUCCUCUACCAAAAGAUGUGCAAGGUGUCGGAGCGUUUGCCAUUUCAGCCAAUUUCAUUUUCAUGUACAUAUUCUAUUCUGGUGGAUAUCGAUAUCAAAUCGAAUCAUUCUUUCAAUAAAGUA